CCGCCUCCCGGAGUCCCGCCCGGCCCUCCCGGGCCUCUCCCCACCGCCCAGGACGGCGGCGGACGGGGCGCCGGCGGACGGGGCGCCCGCGGGUGAGGGCUGCAUGGGGCCCCCGCGCGGCCCGCUCUGCUGGCUGCUGCUCCUGCUCACGGCUGCCUGCUCGGGGAUCCUCCUCGCUCUGUACUCCUCGGCGGUGGGGCCCUACCCGGGGCCCCGGUCUGGAGCCAGGAACGCCACAUGGUCUGGAACAUUCUUUGGACGCGAGGUGUCAACCGCCGGGACGAGAAAGAGCCCGCGCUGCCGACACCCGCUCUCUCUGGCCAUCCAGAAGCACCCCCACUUCCGGGCCCUGUUCAAUCUCUCCACUCCAGUGCUGCUCUCGGGGGGCCUCUUCGCUCAGGAGCUCUGGGACAGCCUGAGCCAGUACAAAGCCCCCUAUGGCUGGCAGGGGCUCUCCUUCCAAGCCAUCAACUCCACCCUGAGCCUCCUGAAUGACUCCGAGAGCUCCAAGCUGUUUGCCGCCUCCGGGAAGCCGCUUUCAAACUGCGUUCGCUGUGCAGUGGUGGGGAAUGGAGGCAUUCUGAAUGGUUCCCGCCAGGGUCUGAACAUCGAUGCCCACGACUAUGUCUUCAGACUCAAUGGCGCUGUGAUCAAAGGCUUCGAGAAGGAUGUGGGCACCAAGACCUCCUUCUAUGGUUUCACUGUGAACACAAUGAAGAACUCCCUCAUCUCCUACGGGAACCUCGGCUUCACGUCUGUGCCACAAGGCCAGGACCUGCGCUAUAUCUUCAUCCCCUCUGACAUCCGUGACUAUGUGAUGCUGAGAUCGGCCAUUCUGGGUGUGCCUGUCCCUGAGGGCCCUGACAAAGGGGACAGCCCCGCCCGUACCGCGGGCACCGCCGCAGGCCCAGCGCCUCCCCCCUCAGCCUGCUCCCCCACUUGCCCUACGACGGCUCGGGCCGCUCCGUCCACUUCUUCCACCGGUCCUAGGCCUCAGACCUAUUUCGGACCAGAAGCCUCUGCCGGGAAAUUCAAGCUGCUACAUCCACACUUCGUCGGCUACCUGAGGGAGAGGUUUCUGAAAUCAAAGUUGAUGAACACAAAUUUUGGAGACCUAUAUAUGCCGAGUACUGGGGCCCUCAUGCUGCUGACAGCUUUGCACACCUGUGACCAGGUUAGUGCCUAUGGAUUCAUCACAAGCAACUACUGGAAAUUUUCUGACCACUAUUUUGAGCGAAUAAAGAAGCCACUGAUCUUCUACGUCAACCACGACCUGUCCCUGGAAGCCACCUUGUGGAAGGACCUGCACAAGGCCGGCAUCCUCCGACUAUACCAGCGCUGACCCUCAAGUACCCAAGCCCUCUGUUCCCGCAGCUGUGGCCCUGUGGCCCUGACUCCCCACGUGGCCAGAGCUGCCUUGUCUUUUCAGUCUGAGAAGGGCUCCAGCUCCCCUCCGCCCACCCCUUCGUCUCUAGAGGGCAUGGUGAAGUGGAUUCGGGACUGUCACUGAAGCGUGUUCACUGCGGGACACUUGUUCUUGGUUCCUCCAAGAAGACUCCCUCCCUCCUGGGUCUGAGACCCACAUUCCAACCCUAGUGAAGGGAACACCGCUCUGCUGGGCAUUUUACAACGAAAGGUAACACAAGAGGGGACUGUGACCCUCCCCAGCAAAGGGCAAGCAUACUCAGGAGCGAAGGAUCUUCAAAGCCAGCCAGCAGCUGGCACUGGGCGACUUGAAGAUGCUGGCCGACCAGCAGCAGCCAGGCGCGCACACGCUCCCCCCAGCCGCACCCUCCCACCAGCGUGUCCAGCCGACUCCAAAGCAGUUGGACUCCGAGACACCUACACCACCUGAGGACGCAACCAACUUCCUUCUGCCCCGCGAUGGAAUCAGAAUGCAAGAGGCAGAAUGUAUUCUGAAACUGGUUAAUUGCAUAAAUGAUAGAUGACCA